AUGGGAGCCAAGACCAGCCUGCAGCAGCUGCGGCGGCAACGAGCAAGCAGUGGCCCUGACAAGGUACCUGUGCUAGUGCAGACACUGGACGAAUACACCAGGAGCAUCACUGCACUGUAUUCGUACACCUCAGCAGCCGUCGUAACGGAGAAAGCCCACGCAACCCGUCGGGACGCAAGCACACGGCGCAACGCUCGCGGAUUGCGGGCGGGCACGCACAUGGAAGUGGCGCAAGGCAUGGACCUCAACAACACCAUCCGCCUUGCUUCACCACCAACUCCGUACCAUCGCCUCUCCGCUGCGGCACUACCAAGUGGGCCCCUGGACGCAGACCCGGCGCGGCACAAGCACCUCGAGUUACGCGAACAGGGUACCGCAGCUGCCACCAGAAGCUCUCUCGCAGUCUGUAGAGCGCUGAAGGCAUGGUGA